AUGAAGACCACCGGACUCUUGACCAUCCUUUUCACCUCCAUGGCUGCAACUGCCAUCGCCAGCCCCAACGCCCUGCCUAUGGGUGUCGAGGUUGUUGAACGCGACGGCAAGACCAUUGUUCGAGAAGUGCCACAUGCACUCUUGAGUCGCGGCCUUGAGCCCCGAUGCCGAGAAUGUGUUGGCCAAGGUGGUUCGUGCACCAUUGGCGACGGCAGCUGUUAUGCUGAGGACCCCCCACUUUACUGCACAUGGUGCGGUGACAAGUGCGGAUCUCGUUGUGUUCGCCAGGGACAGACUUGCCAGCAGACGUGUGUUUAA